AUGGAGAAUUUAUCAAAAUCAUUUGACAGUUUUUUAAAAAACAAAUUUUUUCGAUUUGGAUUGCCAUUUAUGUUGUUGGUUGUUGGUGGAUCAUUUGGCCUAAGAGAAUUUUCACAGAUUCGAUAUGAUCAUCGGAAGGUUAAGUUCAUCAGUCCAGAAGAACUUAGAAAACAAGGUAUUGAAAUGAAACCUCGAGGCAGCGUCACAAUAGAAACUGAGUAUAAAAAACUUAUAGAACAAGUUAAUCUUGACAAUUAUGAGAAUAAAAGAAUACCGAGACCACCUGGAUUUGAAGACUGA